AUGGCGAUUGGUAAAGAGGCAAGGGCAUUUUACAACGUAGGGCAGGCAAAAGGGCUGACGUUUUGGGCACCAAACGUUAACAUAUUCCGAGACCCGAGAUGGGGGAGAGGGCAGGAGACACCUGGCGAGGAUCCAUUGGUCGCUGGGCAGUAUGCCGUGGCAUAUGUGAGGGGAAUUCAGGGGGACACUUUUGAUAAUAACGAUACAUCUGGGGGGAAGAUUAGUAUUAAGUAUAAUCUUCAGGCCUCUGCUUGCUGCAAACAUUUUACUGCCUAUGAUUUGGACAAGUGGAAUGCCGUCACUCGCUAUUCUUUUAAUGCUCUGGUCCGGGCCGAUCUCGGACCCGUGGUCAACGGGUUUGACCGGGCCGGGUCCGUGCCGGGUGACCCUUGGCCAUUUAGGUAA